AUGGCCUUACCGAAGCUAAAUCUACCCUCGUUGAGUUCCACAAACUAUUCCACAUAUUCAAAUACCAAUAUCCCCUCUACGAAGGGUAAUGUCCAUAUUUAUCAACCUAAAGUGAUUGAUGGUACAGUAUUCAUUGCGUUUGGUGCAUGCUUAGGUUUCAUAUUUCUAAUAAUAUUAUCUCUAUGGGCAAUAUUAACGUUUAAAUCAUGGCAAUCAGCAAGGUCUGAAUAUAAGCGCAGAGAAAUCGAAUCUAAAUAUCAAUUCGAUCCAUUUUACAUAUCAAAUAAUACCAAUCAAAGAUCUACCCUUUCAUUGUUGGGAAAUGAAAAAAAUAAUAUCUUCAUGGACCCAUUAAGCGGAAUCUCUACAUACGAAGAUCUUGAAGAUUUUGAUACUUCAUCGUCUUCAUUAACCACUUCUUCAUCUUCUAACUCAUCUCCUUUCCAUAGUGACAUUUCUGAAAAGAUUUUGAAAUCUCAGAAAAGUAGUGGGGGUAAUAAUAGUAAUACUAGCACACUUAUCGCUGGGAAUGGUAAUGGUCCAUAUGGGUUACAUGCCAGACAAGAUUCAAUGUUCAUUUCUCCAACUGAAAUUUUACAAUCUGAAGCUUGGAAUUCCUCUAAUAUCAGUUUGGAUUCCACUGUGGACACACUUACUGGAAAUCAAUUAAAAAAGACUUCUUUACCAAUUAUCAGUAAUGGUAGUAUGAAUAAUAGUUUCCAAAACUUCACUGCUCCAUCAGAUAAGAGUUCGUUCCAAUAUAUCCCAAAGAGUUCAAUGAUUAAUCUAAGUACUACUUCUUUUGCUAAUAGUCCAGCACCAUCGAUACCAACAUCAACUGGCCAACCAACCACUGGGACACCAAACACAAACAAGACUAGCAACACUUCUAACAGCAAGCACAAGAGAGCACCAAGUAUGAUGUUAGACGACCUUCUAAAUGAAUAA